GGUGUAAUUCCCAUGUCCAAGAAGGAAGCUGCAUUUUAACGGUGUGCUGAACGGAGGUCUGAAUCAUUCCAGCUGGCUGCUUGUUUUGAAAAGGACAGUAUGUGUAUAAAUAAAAUGUGACUGUGCUGGAAGAGUUCAGUUACUAGGGGCUGGAGCAAGAGGAGUCUUCCUGGGAUACUGUUCACACUGCUAGUAUGAACUGAAAACUCUCUCUAGUUUAUCUGAGCCAAGUGAAGAAAUUUGAAUAGUGGAUGUCUCUUUCCCAUACACUAGACAAACUCAAGUGAAAAGAAAAAGGAAGAAAUUCUUCUAUAGUACCUGAGGGACCCAAGAGGAAAAAAAGCUGAGGGGAAAAAAGGAGAAAAUGUAGAUCUACUAAUUGCAUGCUAUUCACCUGGGCUACAGAAGUGGACUAAGAAAUUUAAUAAUGUUAAGCAUCAUCUCCAUUGAUUUUUUGCAAGUGCUGCAUUCAGAGAAGAUCUCUUCCAAUUUAGAUUUCCAGAUACUUUGACUUUGAGCUCUAACAACUUUAUAACCUCCCCAAAACCCCUCAUAAAUGCAUUGCAAUGGUCACAUGAACAUUUGGGGCGUGGUACCAGCACCAUUUUUUGUCCUCUCUGCUAUGGCACUUUAAGAGGAUAAAGCCAAAAACUUUUUUUUUAAUUGAAAGUAUUCCAAAAAAAUGAAUCUUAUUAUGAAACUUCGUAGAAGUUUCAGAACAGUGGUAAUUCUCUUAACCACCUUCUGUUUAGUAAGCAUAGUCAUUUCCGCCUAUUACUUAUAUACAGGCUACAAGCAGGAGAUGACCCUAAUUGAAACCACUGGAGAAGCAGAAUGUGAGGGCCUUAAACUUUUACCAUACAGGUCCAUGGAGCUGAAGACUGCUAAGCCAAUGGAUCCAUCUAAUACUGACCCUAUUGUCUUGCUAUUUGUGGAGAGCCAGUACUCCCAGCUUGGACAAGAUAUCAUAGCUAUCCUUGAGUCUAGUCGAUUCCAGUACCAUAUGGUGAUUGCACCUGGAAAAGGUGACAUUCCUCUUCUUACAGAUAGCGGCAAAGGGAAAUAUAUGCUUGUUAUAUACGAGAAUAUUUUAAAGUAUGUGUCCAUGGACUCAUGGAAUAGAGAGCUUCUGGAAAAAUAUUGUGUGGAAUACAGUGUUAGCAUAAUUGGUUUUCAUAAAGCCAAUGAGAACAGCUCACCAAGUAUUAAAUUAAAAGGAUUUCCACUAGACCUUUACAAUAAUGUUGCUCUCAAAGAUUGCUUUGUAAACUCUCAAUCUCCUCUACUGCACAUUACCAAAGCACCAAGGGUUGAGAAAGGCCCACUACCUGGGGAAGACUGGACGGUUUUCCUGUUUAAUCACUCCACCUACCAACCUGUGCUUUUAACUGAAUUACAGACUUCCAGAUCUUUCCCAGCAUCAUUGCCUAAGGCUCCACUGUAUGCUACAGUGAUCCAGGACUUGGGGCUUCAUGAUGGGAUUCAGAGAGUCCUUUUUGGAAACAACUUGACCUUUUGGCUAUACAAGUUGAUCUUUAUAGAUGCCGUCUCUUUCCUGACGGGGAAGAAGCUCGCAUUGUCCUUGGAUAGGUACAUUCUUGUCGAUAUAGAUGACAUCUUUGUUGGAAAGGAGGGAACAAGAAUGAACGUCCAGGAUGUGAAGGCAUUACUAGAGACUCAAAAUUUACUGCGCACUCAGGUUGCAAAUUUUACCUUCAACCUUGGAUUUUCAGGAAAGUUUUACCACACAGGAACUGAAGAGGAGGAUGAAGGUGAUGACCUGUUGUUGGGGUCUGUAGAUGAGUUCUGGUGGUUUCCCCAUAUGUGGAGUCACAUGCAGCCUCAUCUGUUCCAUAAUGAGUCAUCACUGGUGGAGCAGAUGAUUCUCAACAAGGACUUUGCACUAGAACAUGGUAUUCCGACUGACAUGGGCUAUGCAGUGGCUCCGCACCACUCUGGGGUCUACCCUGUACAUGUUCAGCUUUAUGAGGCCUGGAAGAAGGUCUGGGGUAUCAAAGUCACAAGCACAGAAGAGUAUCCACAUCUAAAACCUGCACGGUACAGACGGGGCUUCAUCCACAAUGGCAUCAUGGUACUUCCUCGACAGACCUGUGGCCUUUUCACCCACACAAUUUUCUACAAGGAGUAUCCUGGGGGCCCUCAAGAAUUGGACAAAAGCAUCCGAGGAGGUGAACUCUUCCUCACCAUCCUCCUGAAUCCGAUCAGCAUCUUCAUGACCCAUUUGUCCAACUACGGGAAUGACCGCCUGGGGUUAUAUACCUUUUUGAAUCUGGCCAACUUUGUUAAGAGCUGGACUAACCUAAAACUACAGACCCUGCCUCCAGUUCAGCUGGCUCACAAGUACUUUGAACUCUUUCCUGAGCAAAAGGACCCUCUCUGGCAGAAUCCAUGUGAUGAUAAACGGCAUAGGGAUAUCUGGUCCAGAGAUAAAACUUGUUACCAUCUUCCAAAAUUUCUUGUGAUUGGACCUCAGAAAACAGGAACAACAGCACUUUAUUUAUUUCUCCUUAUGCAUCCUUCUAUCAUCAGUAAUCUCCCUAGUCCAAAAACGUUUGAAGAAGUUCAGUUCUUCAACGGAAACAACUAUCACAAGGGAAUUGACUGGUACAUGGAUUUCUUCCCUACCCCUUUGAAUGUCACCACUGACUUUCUGUUUGAGAAAAGUGCCAACUACUUCCAUUCAGGGGAGGCACCCAGACGAGCAGCUUCCCUGGUCCCCAAGGCCAAGAUCAUCACCAUUCUCAUUGACCCAUCAGAUCGGGCAUAUUCCUGGUAUCAGCACCAGCGAUCUCAUGAGGACCCUGCUGCUCUGAAGUUCAAUUUCUAUGAAGUGAUUACAUCAGACCAUUGGGCUCCCUCAGAGUUAAGGACUCUCCAGAAGAGAUGUCUGAUCCCUGGGUGGUACGCUACCCAUAUAGAAAGAUGGCUAACUCACUUUCCCACUUCCCAGGCAACAAGUACCGGCCUACGAGCAGCAGAGUUUGCAUGGGAUGCAAAGUUCCCAAAAAAAUAUGCCUGCAAGUUGGGGGAUCUAUGGCAGUUGCUAAUUAUUGAUGGACAGCAGCUAAGAAGUGACCCAGCUACAGUGAUGGAUGAAGUGCAGAAGUUUCUGGGAGUCUCACCUCAUUAUAAUUACUCUGAAGCUCUAACGUUUGACCCUCAGAAAGGCUUUUGGUGUCAGCUGCUGGAAGGAGGGAAGACAAAAUGCCUGGGGAAAAGCAAAGGCCGAAAAUACCCACCAAUGGAUCAGGAGUCUAGAGCUUUUCUUUCAAGCUACUACAGAGAUCACAAUGUGGAACUGUCCAAACUACUGCACAGAUUGGGACAACCCCUGCCAUACUGGCUGAGACAGGAGCUUCAGAAAGUGAGAUAGCACUGAUGUUCAGAGGACCAAAGUCUAAUGACAGUUACCGGCACCAUAAAACCCCUCACUUCCCCGACUCACUUGUGAUUGUCAGUAGAGGACCUCAUGAAUAACUGUCUCAAAAUUAAAUACAAAUAUAAAACUGUUUAUAUAUGCACGCGCUGACAGCUAUUAGCAUCAACUCCUUUGUCAGCUUCUGGGACACAAUAUGGAGCUAUGUGGCAUUAUUCUUUAUCCAGCCUGGGACUCAUGCAUAGUCUAGUCCCUCUGUUUACCAGAAAGUUCCAGAAACUGUAUGUAUGAUUGAUAGUCUUCAUCAUAUAUGACAAAUUACAGCCUGUCAGGACACAAGCAAAGGACAGAAACAUCUCUCGGUGGAUUAUGAGAGUAUCCUUUUAAUGCGACUGCUAAGGUGUGGACCUAUCUACAGAUUGGAUCCCCCAUCACUACCAUAUCUGGAAAAGCUAGCAGAAAAUAAGGAUUUGCAAAUAACAGAGAUUCUUAAGUGUUCAGUGUUCCAGUGACUGGAUACUUUUUAUAAAAUAUAAUCAGCAUCAUUUGGAAAUAUUUUUUUUUAAAGUCCUAGUCAAAGAACUGAGACAUGGGCAAAAAGCUAAUGGCCUUGCCUACAGGGUUUUUUUUGUUGUUCUUCUUCUUUCUUUUUCUAUCUGAAAACAGCACAUCCAGUUUAACUCUGAUAUAUACUUGAGGUUUGGGAAAAAGCAAAAUAAAUUUUGAUCACAAAGUAUUUUUGUUUGGGGGGGAGCAGGGAGAAAAAUCUGUAUUUGCUGAAAUUGUUUUAAGUAAUUGUGUAUACACCUUCUUAGUUCUUCUCACUUCUACAAAAUAAACACCUCUGCUGGUA